UCAUACUUCCAUUUCCGUGUAAUUGCGGUCAGAAAGGAUGGUGAUGAAGAUGGAGACAUCUAUUUUCAGAAAAUUGGAAUAGCAUCAUGCCCAACCGCAACACCGAUGCUUUUCAGGGUGAAGGUGGCAAUCCACUGCCUCCAGGUGGCAAUGACAACCAAGUUCAACAGUUUCGCGGUGGAAAUAAGGUCUACAAAAGUGGGCCUUUGUUUUUAUCAUCCAAAGGUAUUGGAUGGACAACUUGGAAGAAAAGAUGGUUCAUUUUAACGAGAACUUCUUUGGUGUUCUUCAGAAGUGAUCCUACUAUUGCUCCUAAAAAGGGGGGCGAAGUAAAUUUAACACUUGGAGGCAUCGAUCUCAACAGUUCAGGCAGUGUGGUCGUCAAAGAAGAUAAGAAAUUGUUGACUGUGCUCUUUCCUGAUGGUCGUGAUGGGCGAGCUUUCACACUGAAGGCUGAAACAUCAGAAGACUUGUUUGAGUGGAAGGUUGCAUUGGAAGAAGCUUUGGCAAAUGCACCAAAUGCUGCUCUUGUAGUGGGACAAAAUGGAAUGUUCAAGAAUGAUCAAGGGAAUAUAUUUGAUGCUUCAGACCCCUCUAAGGAUAGACAGCCAACAAAGUCAUCAGUAAUCGGUCAGCCAAUUUUACUUGCUUUGGAAGAAGUUGAUGGAAGCGCAUCUUUUUUGGAGAAAGCACUUAAGUUUUUAGAAGAGUAUGGAGUUCAAGUUGAAGGAAUCUUGCGGCAAGCUGCAGAUGUGGAUGAUGUUGAGCAUCGAAUCCGACAAUAUGAACAUGGGAAAAGAGAGUUUUCGCCAGAUGAGGAUCCCCAUAUUAUAGCUGACUGUGUGAAGUAUAUCCUUCGGGAAUUACCAUCGUCUCCAGUUCCUGCAUCUUGCUGCAAUGCCCUUUUGGAAGCUUAUCGAACUGAGCGCAGUUCGAGAGUUAAUGCUAUACGUAAUGCAUUAUUGGAGACAUUUCCUGAGCCAAAUCGGCGGUUAUUGCAAAGAAUUCUCACAAUGAUGCAAAAAGUGGCUUCUUACAAGAAUGCGAAUCGAAUGAGCAUUUCAGCUGUCGCUGCUUGCAUGGCACCUCUACUUCUUCGUCCACUGCUAGCCGGAGAAUGUGAACUUGGACACAACUUCGACAUGGGUGGUGAUGGUUCUGUUCAACUUCUCCAGGCAGCAGCUGCAGCGAACCAUGCUCAGGCCAUUGUUAUAACUUUGCUGGAAGAGUAUACCAAUCUAUUUGGGGAAGGCUCUGUGUCACCUGAACUAUACUCUGACUCAGAUGAUACUGGGGGCGAAGAACUUAGUGAUGAAGAUGAAGAAGAUGGAAGCUACUGUGAUGAAGAUGUUGAUGAUGAAGAUGAGGGUUCUGAUGCAUAUUCUGAUGAUUGUUCUGGUCAUUCAUCUACCAGCACUACCAGUGAGACUGGUAAAAUUGAAGGUGCUAUUAAGCAUGCUAGAGACUCUAGUUCCCGUACUGAGUCUCCUGAAGGUAACAAGAAAGAAGCGAGUAGUCUCCCUCAAAGUUCUAUUGAAAAUGAAGGGAUUAGUAAUGGUGCUAUAAAUCACAGUAGUCACGUGCCUGCAACACCAGCGAAUGAAUCUCCUGAUUUGUUAGGAGAGACGGUUGAAGCAUCCGUUUCUCAACAAUCAACAGAAGCAUCAAAUUUCCAUGGGAGCACUGUUUGUCGCCCUGCUGUCCGAGUACGUGCUCGGGGCAAUAACAUUCCAUUAGAAUCUUUUGAUUUCACCUUUGAGGAAGAUUCUGAAAUCUUGAUGCUGGAGGCCACCAAAAUAGAAUUGGAAAACAAAAUCGCUGAGGAGGCCAAGGGAAACACGCUACUGAAAGAGAGGUUGGCAAAACAAAAGGAUGCUCUAUGUGAACGGCGUCUAGCUCUUCAAAAAGAUGUAGCGAGGCUUCAAGAGCAGUUACAAAAAGAAUCGGAGUUGAGGAUGGUACUGGAAGCUGGACUUAACAAAUCACCACUACCAUUGGCCAUUCCUUCUAGUAUUGAUGAAGCAACCAGAUCAGAACUUGAGGAGAUUGCUCAAGUAGAGGCAGAUAUUACCCACUUGAAGCAGAGGGCUGAUGAUCUUGGAGCAGAGCUCAAUAAACAACAUGAAUUAAUUUCUAGAUUUUUAAAUAACGACACUGGCAGUCAACCACGUCAAAAUCUAACUCAUCAAGGAAAUCAAAACAUGGAUGUGGAUACCAAUACUACUUCACAAGAUCAAGAGAAGUCAUUGAGAAGUAAGCAACAUGAUACGUCUUGUAACAAGGCCAAUAGCCAGAGAGAGAAGAAAGACGAAUCUGAAACGAUCGUAAGCAAACAAUCAGUCCCUGCUUGUAAUAAUCUCAACAGCUCUGGGGCUUCGAUUGUGGCUUCAACAACCUCAAAAAAACCUGGUCCAAGAAACGAGGGAGCUAGUGCUUCUCCUGCAUCAGCACUGUCAAAGCUAACAAACCCACUUAACUUCCUUAAAGAGCGACGCACGCAAAUUGCCAAUGACCUUUUAGAUCUGGACAGAAGCCUGAAUUACUGCCAAAUUAGCCUAUCUCCCGAGAGGAAAAGAUCAGAUCGUCCCCCGGAAAACUCAUCAUCUGAAAAAAAGUAAAAGGAACAAACAGAGAGCUAUGGCGUGUGCAUUCUACUGGCAAAAGUAAAACUUCACCACAUUUGAUGGGGGAAAAAAACAAAGACGAGAAAAGCUCGAUUCAAUUAGUCAUCCAGAUGAUGUUUUUAUAGCAGCUCUGUUUUCUAAUUUCAUGGUUCUCCAAUGUUUUUUUUUCUUUUUCCUUUUUCAUGUCCAGUUUUAGAUGAUGAGUAAAGUAAGGUGGCGGAA